GCGGGGUCCAUCGGAGGCUCGCGCGGCUGAAGGUGACGGAGGCGCUUCCGCUGCUUGGCCGUCUGUCGGUGCCUCCUGAGGAGGGUUUUCUAGCGUCCGUUGGGGAGCGCUGAGGCCGGCGAGAGAGCGAAGAUGAUGGGCGGACGGCAGGUGCCGAAGGCGCUUCGGGCAAUGAUGUAUGCAAGCCGGGGCUAUUCAUCACAACGUGCUUUAAAUGACGUAGUCAUUGUAAGCGCUGCCCGUACACCCAUCGGCUCUUUUCAGGGAUCUCUUUUCUCACUACCAGCCACUGCUCUUGGCUCUGUUGCUAUUAAAGGAGCAAUUGAAAGAGCAGGCAUCCCGAAAGAAGAAGUGAAGGAAGUAUACAUGGGUAAUGUUAUCCAGGCUGGGCAAGGACAAGCUCCUGCAAGACAAGCAACACUUGGUGCAGGUUUACCAGUUUCUACUCCUUGCACAACUGUCAACAAGGUUUGCGCUUCUGGAAUGAAAUCUGUUAUGAUGGCAGCACAGAACCUGAUGUGUGGGAAUCAGGAUGUGAUGGUGGCUGGUGGGAUGGAGAGCAUGUCUAAUGUGCCCUAUACAAUGAGCAGAGGAACAACACCUUAUGGAGGAGUAAAGCUGGAAGACCUGAUUGUGAAAGAUGGUUUAACAGAUGUUUACAAUAAAAUCCACAUGGGAUUGAAACCAGACACAGAGUUUAAAGAAGACGAAGAGUACAAGCGUGUUGAUUUUAGUAAAGUUCCAAAGUUGAAGACAGUUUUUCAGAAAGAAAAUGGCACAGUAACGGCUGCCAAUGCCAGUACCCUCAAUGACGGAGCAGCUGCUUUGGUGCUGAUGACUUCAGAAGCAGCCAAGAGGCUAAAUGUUAAACCAUUGGCUAGGAUAGCAGCUUUUGCAGAUGCUGCUGUUGAUCCUAUCGACUUCCCCAUCGCCCCGGCACAUGCUGUUCCCAAGAUACUGAGUCAGGCAGGACUCAAAAAAGAAGAUAUUGCAAUGUGGGAAAUCAAUGAAGCAUUCAGCGUUGUUGUCCUAGCCAAUAUCAAGAUGCUGGGCAUUGAUCCGGAGAAGGUGAACAUUCACGGAGGAGCAGUCUCUUUAGGACAUCCAAUUGGAAUGUCUGGAGCAAGAAUUGUUGUUCACAUGACCCAUGCCCUGAAGCAAGGAGAGUAUGGCCUAGCUGGAAUUUGCAAUGGAGGCGGUGGUGCAUCUGCAAUUCUGAUUCAAAAGUUGUAGGCGCUUUAAAAGGUGUAAACUUGAAUGGCUGUUACAGAUAUUUAUGGAAUUGCCACCUGGAUCUUAAAACUCAGUUCAUCAUUGUUUUUCAAAGAAAAUUUCAUAAUGUUUUUUACUAUAGCAUGCUUCAAAGCAAAUGUGGUUUUAUACCAUGGAAUUACAAAACAUGUUGGACUUCUAAUCAAGACAAUAAAGAUAGUAUACAAUCAUGAUUUACUAGUAGAUAUGUUAAAAUAAUUCCACACAAACCACAGGAUCUGCACAUUCUUCAUUCUGGUCAUAACAUUUUAGUA